CACACUGAAGACACCAUGAAGUCCGGGAUUCUCUGCUUCUGCGCCCUGUUGGCGGUCGCCGCCAGCAGAUAUAUAGAUGACGAGCGUGUAUUCAUCAGAGAUCUCGACCAAAGCGGGGAAGCUGAUCCUACGAUCGUGAACUUGAAGAUUGACCACCCAGGAAAGGAGAGAAGCUUGACACUACGCCGCAGAGACAAUUUCAACAAGAACGUCCCCGUGUUCAUAACUGGUGAAGAUGGAAAGCCAAGGAAGGAGCCGAAAUCCCGUUCACUGGGUACAGCUUACCAUGACGCGGAAAACGGAGCGGCCUUUCUCAUCUCAAGUGAUCUCACCGAAAGUGGCGUCUACAGAAGGAGCGUGAGGGGUCUGCUUCAUGACGGCGACUACACCAUCCACCUCGAGCCCAGUCAGGAGAUCACAACGGACAGGAAACGUGAUGUAGACGGGGGUGUACCGCACUUGAUGGUCAGAAAAAGGAAUGAAAAGGCUGAUUUUGGAAUCGAUGCCCUCUCUGUCCCUGGCGACACGAUAAUGAGCAAGAGAGCUGAGCAACCGAUCGUUUCGAAAAGGGCCAGCGGCAAGACAGCAUACGGCAUUGAAUUGAUGUUCUUCUGCGACUACCAGUGCUUUAAGUACCACAAGCACGAUACACAAGCCAUUAAGGAGCACUUCAGCUACGUCAUAAAUGGAAUGGACCUCCGCUACUCAAACAUUCAAGAUUCUUCCUUCUCCAUGUACCUUCGACUGGUUGCUAUCGAAAUCAGCAAGUAUCCUGACAGCUGGACGUAUCCACUCGCCAUCAAUGGAUAUGUGCAAGCUUCCCUGGCAAUGGACAAGUUCAAGAAAUGGCGAGAGUCGGCUAAGUCCUAUUUCCCCGACCAUGACCAUGCCAUGCUCAUGACCGCGUACAACAUCUAUAUGGACGACGGGAGUACAAGCGUCAUAGGUUUGGCGUACUUGAAAUCUAUUUGCCUAGGAAUAAAUGCUGUAUCAAUCGUCGAGGAGAAUCAGUCACUUUCGAUGCUCAUCUCCACUGCUGCUCAUGAACUCGGUCACAAUAUCGGUUCCAGGCACGAUGGGGAUUGGAACACCUGUCGUUCGAGUGACGCUUACAUCAUGUCGCCUACAGUCGGCUUAACAGGGGGCGCCACUUACAAGAAUCCGUACAGAUUCUCCUCUUGCACUAUCGCUAACUUCAAGAACGCCAUCAACGCCCUCAAUAGCGUAAACAAAAAUUGUCUGCUGGACUCGGCCGCUCAUGGCUCUGACGUCUUGGAGGUGAAGGCACCAGGCCAGAAGUGGAAUGCUGACUACCAAUGCGAGCAAGAACACGGAGCUGGAUAUAAAUACCUCAGGGGCUCGUUAGGAGAGAACACUUUCUGCAAGCAGCUGAACUGUUGGAAGUCAGGAGUGUCGGGCUGGAGAUUUGGCGGCCAUGCCAGUCGUGGAACAAGCUGUGGUAACAAGAAGUGGUGUGUCGAAGGAGAUUGUGUCUAUGACUCGUCUGCUCCAGCAAUGAACUCAGAUACUUGCGUAUAUGGAGACUCGCUGUCCUUGUGGUUUGGUAGCAUGACCUGCGCACAGUUAGUGUCGCAAAACAAGGCGUGGUACUGCGGGCAGAGUCAGAUUAAGGAGCAUUGCUGCAAGUCGUGUGCUUAAGUUCGGAUAAUGACUGAUGCUGCAUGGAAAACGUCUGACACGCCCGUAGCUAUGCUCGCUGCUAUAAUUCCUCGAUGUUUAUAUGUAGACUUCAAAAUGUUGGCAAGAGCGAUACAAUAUGAUUAGCAUGAA